GCCAUGAUACCAGCCAGGUCUCCACUGACCAGUAACAAACCAAAGGAUCUGUCAGGUAUAAGAUUUCUUUUCUAUAAUUCUGUUUAGUAUAUAUGGGACAUUGUGUUAAAUGUGGUAGUUAUCCACUGUAUGUUGUUUCUUGUUUAGUCUAUUUGCAUAUUAUUUUAUUAUAAUCCCACAGAUCUUUUUUUUUGUGUGAGAAGCUUUUAGGAAAAGGUAAGGAAGUAAUGUGUUGCGUCUACUUUACACAGCCUCUGUAAGGCUGUUAUUAAGAGAUUAUUAUAAAUCCGAGAAUCCUCAGUCACUUACAGCUGUCUCUGUGCUACAUUUGAGCCUCAUCCAGCCACACGAACUGCAGCAUUUGUCUGCUUUAUCACAUCACUACCAGUCAGACAGAUGAUAUGAACGAGAACAUCACAUCACCCCUGAGUGCGCUGGCUUUCACCAAGUGAUUGACACGAUCCAAGAGCAUGGUGCUUGGAGAGCUGUCUCGAGUGUCCAGGCCCUGCUCGCCCCUGGAUCAGGAGAAGGCACUGAAGGUUGGCUGGCUGAAGAGGCAGCGUAGCAUCAUGAAAAACUGGCAGCUGCGUUGGUUUGUCCUGAGGACCGAAGCGCUGUAUUUCUACAAGGACCAGGAUGAAACCAAGGCACAGGGUUGUAUUCCUCUGCAGGGCAGUCAGGUCAACGAGUUACCGGCCAGUCAGGACGAGCCUGGUCGCCACCUUUUUGAAAUCGUUCCAGGAGGGGCUGGGGAAAAGGAUCGAACAGGGAUAAGCCAUGAAUCAUUCCUGCUGAUGGCCAACUCUCAGAGCGACAUGGAAGAUUGGGUCAGAGCCAUACGUAGAGUCAUAUGGGCUCCGCUUGGAGGAGGAGUCUUUGGGCAGCACCUUGAGGAGACGAUGUUGUACGAGGCCCAGUGUGGCCCACAGCGUUCAGUCCCAGUGCUGGUUGAACAGUGUGUGUGUUUCAUUCGGGAACACGGGCUUGAGGAGGAGGGCCUUUUCAGGGCUCCUGGACAGACCAAUCAUGUCCGAGAGCUGCAGGACGCAUUUGACCGUGGUGAGAAGCCAGUGUUUGACAGUACUACAGAUGUCCACACAGUGGCAUCCCUGUUAAAACUGUACAUACGGGAGCUUCCAGAGCCUAUAAUUCCAUUCUCCAAAUACACUCAGUUUCUGUCUUGUGCUCAGAUACUUAACAAGGACAAAGAAAUGGGUAUCACAGAGCUUGGCAAACAGGUGAAAUCCCUUCCUCAGGUCAACCACAACCUCCUUAAAUAUAUCUGCAGGUUUCUGGACGAGGUUCAGUCUCACGCCAAUGAGAACAAGAUGAGUGUUCAGAAUCUCGCCACUGUGUUUGGACCCAACAUCCUUCGGCCCAGGGUGGAGGAUCCUGUCACCAUGAUGGAAGGAAGUUCACAGGUGCAGCACCUAAUGACCGUGCUUAUCAGCGAAUACUCUCGACUUUACCAACGUGAAGAGCAGGAAACAGAGACCAAGAUCUCCCCACAACAACAGAUUCCUGUCCAAAAGUGCAAAGUGGAGUGGCUCUCACAAGAAGAUAGUGACCCAACACCCUCCUCAGGCACAAGAGCCAAAAGCCCGAAGGAGAAACUCCAAUCUUCAACCCCUUCCCUAGACAAUAAGCCAAUUACAUCAAGUCCAAUUACAGCAUUACAGGAGGGUGAGGAUGGUCAGGUUGAGGGGAGGAGUAGAGGUAAGACAGGGGAGAAAGUGGAAGAAAAAGCAGAUAGCAAAACUGAAGGGAAAAUUGGGAGUGAAGCAGCUGUUAGUCCCAGCAAACAGUCUAAAGCGCUCCCCCCGUGGAGGUGCUCCUUCAAGGGCAGUGCAGCAUCUGGGGGGACAAGGGGAAAAAUAGGGGGAUCGGCAGGGGAUGUGUCAGCAGCUGGUGGGAGCAACUGGCUGAUGAAUGGCCUGUCAUCCCUCCGAGCUCACAGGCGCACCACUUCAUCUGGCGAAAGACUGAAAGACUCAACACUGUCUCUGAAGGAUUCAACCCUCUCCCUUAAAGAGACCACACUCUCACUUAAAGACUCACAGAGAGACUCUGAAGAAGACUCCUCUCGAAUGUCCCUUUCUCACAGAGCCUUCCACCAGUCCCACAGACUGUCUGCCUACGACAAUGUUGCCCCCUCCAGUCUCAGCCUGCCUGCUGACACCUCCUCAAUCUGGUCGUCCGUUGAGAUCUCACUUGCCGAACCAGAGGAAAGCGAUAAGGCAGUUAAAGUAGGGCAAAGUCAAGAAAACCUCACAGAGGUUAGGGACAGUACAGAUACCGUCACAGUGGAUCACAGUGGAAGUGGCACUGAGGAUGAUACUGCAGGGGCAGAUGAUGAAGACGUCACCGACAUGCUCCUCCAGCUCAAACAGGAACUGAAGAAACAGAGGAUGAAUAACGAAAGCUGCAUUCGCAAGCUGGAGGAGUCCUGUUCUACGUACCAGGCCCAGGUUAACCGCCUUGAAGAGGAGCUGGACCAAGAGAAGAAGAAGUUCCACAUGCUGGAGAUCCGACUCAGGAACUCGGAGCGGGCACAUCAAGAUGCAGAGAACCGAAACACUCUCCUUCAGCAAGAGAUGGAAGAGUUCUUCAAAACUCUUGGAGACCUUACUACAGGAGCAACACGGACCAACUAAACCAGAUCAACCUGCCAUCAUCUGGUCUAUCAGAGGAGGAAGGGCUUCAUUUCUGGGAAGACCAGCCAGCCCAAAGCUUUCAAGACCAAAUACCUCUAGUGCAGUACUACUUGACAUUUGACAUCUUGUGCCUACACUGACCAAUGCCAGUGCCAAACGAGAACUCCUCUGGACCGAGCACUUCUCAUUUUAUCAUUCCACAAACUUCCUAGCAAUUAUAUUCCAUAGGUCAUGUAGGUGAUUAUUUAUUGACUAAAUUCCUGUGUAAGAUACCAGAAAAACCCUUACUAAUGAUAUGAGGUACUUUUCUUAUACAUCGUCUGUUAAGAGCUCACACUUUUGAAAGCUCUCGUAGAACUCUUGAUACCCAAAAGGUAGAAUGAUAUGAGACUUUAAAAUUCAACUCUUUUAUUUGCUUGAGUUGUACGUAUCGGAGACAGUUUCCAUUUCGGAUGUAGAUAACUGAUCCGUCAGUGAGGCAGUUUCAAAUCCAAAGGCUAACAUACAGACAUUGGGCCUUACUAUAGACACAACAACAGAUUUAUUCUUUGCGCUCAGUAUUUGGCUAACUCAUCAGAAGACUGCAACAUCAUCCCCAUAGUGCUGAAUGGCUUUUCUUUCUUUCCUUCUUAAUGUACAUGCACUAAAACCCAGAUUUGCGCUGAGAAAACUCAUGCGUAGUCUAUUCUAACUUUUCUAGUUUUGAGAAGAUGGAGGGGAGAGAACAACCUCAACGACAGGAAGCCACUUUUUUUUUUUCUUUUUUUUUUUCAGAAAUGUGAUACAGAAAGGGUCAGGACAUGCGUCACAUUCCCCAAAGAGCAUUCUGGGAGAUGAUGCUCGGGGUUACUGCCUGGACUGCCCAACCUUGAACAGGGCAAAUUUGAGCCAUCAGUUACAUCCAAAGGUUAUCAUGGCAGGUAGCAAAUGCCUGUUUCCUGAUUCUCAGAAAAAUGCAUACAUCUACAUUAAAGUGUACAGAUCGAUUACCAAGUAUACUAAUCUAUGAAUUAUAUUGCACAGAAAACGAGAAAAAAAAUAGAACAAGAUGCAUAUAAAUAGUACUUCUGAAUGAAAUGUACAUUACAAACAAUAGAUGCCUCCUAGCUUGAAAUAAAUACAUAAAUAACACAAAAUA